AUGAGUUAAAGCUAAUGGGUGUGCUCCAGUUUCUCUGGUCUGUUGCUCGACUGGUUUUGCGAUUCUCUUUAUCUUCUUUCGUUCAUCUCUAUAGUCGCUUCAUCGCGUUGGUAAGCAGGUCAUUGGGCUUUAUGGAUGAAAGUGCCAAUAGCAACCCUGAAAUGGGCCAUACACUUUCUAGCAUUGAGGGACGCCGGAGAAACUUCCUCACUGAAUCUGAGUCCUUCAACACUCCGUAUGAUUCUACAUGGGAGGACGACGACGGUCCGGAAACCCCGUCCAGUGAGUUCAACAUAGAAUGGUCCAGAAAUGCACAGAGAAACACACAUGCUGCAAAAGACAUGCAGAACUUCAGGAAAAUGUUUCAGAGUGUCAACUGUGAUGAUGCAGCAGACGAUGAAGAGUUGGGUGAUGUGUACAGUGAGAGGGAAUACUGCAUACCCAACCUGCUGUUUUACCAAAAUAAGAUCGCAUCUCUUCCUGAUGGUGUAUACAUUAAGGAAUUUCAUGAAAAGUGGUAUGGUGAUUACAGCAGGCUGGAAUGGGUGCACUCCUACAUUCAGUGGUUGUUUCCAAUCCAAGAGCAAGGAAUGAACUAUGAUUCUCAACCACUUACCCCAGAAGAAAUCAAGCUGUUCCGUAAAGAUGACGCGGCGAAGAAAAGACUGUUGAAGUCUUAUAAGCUUAUGCUGGACUUCUAUGGCAUAAAAUUGCUCGAUGAGGAAACAGGCAAAGUGUGUCGUGCAGAACACUGGGAAGAGCGAUUUAAGAACCUAGACAGAAACACACACAACAACCUCCGCAUCACCCGCAUUCUGAAGUGUCUGGGCAUCCUGGGGUUUGAGCACUACCAGGCUCCUCUGGUCCGCUUCUUCCUCACGGAGACUCUGGUGGAAGGAAGACUUCCCAGAGUGAAGCGGAGUGUUCUAGACUAUUUUAUGUUCUCUGUUCUGAACACGUCAGAGAGAAAAGAACUGAUUAGAUUUGCCUUUGAGCAGUUUGAGCCAAAGAGAGAAUUUGUGUGGUGUCCUAAAAGGAUUCAAAGAAGAUUUCUAAAGGAGAUCAAAGCCAGAAAAGCAGAGACCCCUGAGAAAAGCAGAGACCCUUCAGGAUCAAAGCCUUGUGAAAGUGAAGAAAUCCAAAAACAAAAUGAGGAAGCAUCAAAUGCUUUAAGUGCCCAGAAUGCUCAAAAUGAUCAAAGUAGUGAUGCGGGAAAAGCAGAUACUAAUCCAAACUUGAAGAUGCAUAACAAUCAAGAAGGUCCGCAAAAAAACCUGAAUUUGAAUCCAGAUCACACUGACACCGCUACAGAAAACCAAAAUACAAGUGAUACUGAUAAUGGCAAUGAAGCGUCAGAAGCUCAGCUUCAAGGUAGUAAUAAGCCUCCUACCACAGCUAGUAGAGAAGAUGUAGAAAUGGACACUGACCCUCCAAAUCAGGAAGAGGUUUCUGGCCCUGCAGCUACAGAAGAAUUCAUACAUCAUAAUAGUGAUGAACAUAGUAAAUACUCUGAGCAUGAAGAUCCUUCAGAAUCAGGGCCUAGUGAAGGUAAAGAAAGCCAACCAGAGAAUGGGGAAACACCAAAUGCUCCAACUGUUCAGAAUGUUAAAAAUGCUGAAAGUAGUGGUGUGGAAAAGGAAACACAUACUAAUCAAAACUUAAUGACACUUAACAAAAAGCAGAGUUUGAAACCAGAUCACUGUGACACCGCUACAGAAAACCAAAAUACAAGUGAUACUAAUAAAGGCAAUGAAGAGUUAGAAGCUCCGCUUCCGUGUAAUAAUAACACACCUUCUACCACAGGUAGUGGAGAUAAUGCAGAAAAAAUGUAUGUAAAUGAGGGAAGUGGCUCCAUUGGCACUGAUAACAAAAUGGACAUUGACUGUAGUAGUGAGACAUCAGCACAGCAAUCUGAUGAAGAUAAAAAAAAACUACUUGCAAGCCACAUUAGUGAUGAUGAAAGCAAAGAUGAACAUAUGGACCUUGGACAUAUGGACAGAUCUGAAACAGAAUUGUAACCCUGGAGCUACAGAAGAAUCAAGACAUCAUAAUAGCACUGAAAACUGGCAUAGCGGACAGGUCAGCGUUUAUGGGCCAGCAUCAGGUGAAGUUAACAUGGAUGACAGCUCUUUGUCUACUGUUGAGGCUACCAAUGUGGAACUUGAAGAAUCUGCAUAGACAGAAUCAGAGACAGUAAGCUGUUAGUGACACCCUAGACACAGAACAACAAAGAGAUGAUUUGAAUAAAAAAAUAAAUAAAAACAAGAAAAAAUUAGUCCUGCACAGUUAGUUUUGAGGUUUCGGAGACUGAACAGGAAAAUGUGUUGAGAGUGGAACUACCAUUGUAGAUGGAGGAACUGAAAAAGUGUAAACUAAGUAGAUGCAGCGAUGUACCCAAGAAACUUUUUUGCAGUGCUUAGAGGAGAAACUGGAGCCUGAGGUCUACAUUCUCACAUCAACACUGAAAUAUAUAAUCAGUGCCAAUGUGAGAUUGUGGAUCUCCGUCUCCUGUGAAUCAUGUGCUAUUGUUAACAAAAAUAAAAUUACAAACUUUUUAAAAAUAGGUGAUAUCUUUAAUCUUAUCUGGUUCUGUAAUAAUGCAUUAAACUAUUUUGGUAGAUGAUUUACAGAAUGCUGUUAUGGGUAGAAUAUGAUUUGAAGCAACUUGGAUGCUUUUGGAAAUGUGAUGACAAAUGUACAUAUAAACUGAUUGUGUAUCGGCUGUGUGGCUAAACUAUGAGUUAGUAGUCUAUCUGUUAUUAUCGAUUCAAGUAAAAUGCAUUUAAUAAACAACAUGAUGUAAUGUC